AUGGAUUCGAAUGAGCUGGAGACGAAUGCGAUAAUUGUUCAUGACGAGGCUACUGCUACUGCUACUGGGUCUGUUCCGCCAGAGGAAGGAGGAGAAGGUCCGAUCGAAGAGGAUGAACCCGAUGAUGAAGAUCCAAGAGAGCGAGACGCCUUUGACAUCGAGAAAGCUGUAUUGGAGUUUGUAGACGAACCAUCGAUUGUUCAUGAUGAGUAUCCGGACAGUUCAAGUGAUGAAGAUGAUGAAGCUCGUCGGGUGAGAAAGCGGAACAACAUCAGAAAAGUCGAUGGGACUUUGUACUAUCACCAGACAUUCUUCAACGCCAUUGCAUUUAAGGAAGCUGUACUCGGCCAUGCUCUGAAGACUGGAUGCAACAUCGCACAGUACAGGUAUGAUAAAACCAAGAUUGGAUUUAGAUGUGCUGGCGAUGGAUGUAUUUGGCGCAUAUAUUGUGCAAUCACGAAGAAAUGUAGGAGGUGGAGGGUGAAUAAGUACAUUGAUAAGCAUACAUGUAAUCCAAAUGGAGAUUGUGAGAUGUUGAAGGUUCUUGUUAUCUCUAGGUUGUUUCUAGAUCAAAUCAGAGAAGAACCUGAGUAUUUCAUGCCAAUGAAGAUAGAACAAACCAUUAAAGCAAAAUGGAAGAUCACUGUAUCUAGGCCUCAAUGUCAAGCUGCAAGGAAUAAAGCUUUGAGAUGGAUUGAGAAAGAGUAUGAUGAGCAGUUUGCAAGGCUCCAAGAUUAUGCGGCUGAGAUACGAGAAUCAAACCAAGAUUCAACUGUUGAAGUUGUCACUGUGACUAACGAUGCAGGAGAAGAGGUAUUUAACAGUUUCUAUGUCUGCUUUGAUGUGCUCAAGAGAACAUGGAAAGAUUCUUGUAGGCCACUAAUAGGUUUAGAUGGAACCUUUAUAAAAGGUAAAGUUAAAGGUCAGUUGCUGGUUGCUUUAGGUAGAGAUUCAGAUAAUGCUAUAUACCCAAUAGCAUGGGGGUGUGUACAAGUAGAAAACAUAGUAAAUUGGUUGUGGUUUGUGAGGAAGAUGAAGGCUGAUUUGGGACUAAUGGAUGGUGAUGGUUAUAUCAUAAUCUCUGAUCGCCAAAAGGGACUCAUCCGAGCUGUUGAGUUAGAGCUACCAAAAGCUGAGCAUAGAAUGUGUGUCCGACACAUUUAUAGCAACUUGAAGAAAAGUCAUGGGAAAGAUAAAGAGAUGAAGAAGUAUGUCUGGGAUAUUGCAUGGAGCUACAAUGAGAAGGAUUUUGAAGCAAACAUGAUCAAGCUUCAAAACUACAGUGAGAUUGUCUGGCGUGAUGUGGUAAAGUCGAAACCAAGAACUUGGUGCAGGGCGUUCUACAAGCAAGGGAACUUCUGUGAAGAUGUUGAGAAUAACUCAGUCGAGUCAUUCAACAACUCCAUUUUGAAAGCCAGGGACAAAGCAUUUGUGCCAAUGCUUGAGACCAUAAGGAGACUUGCGAUGGUCAGGAUUGCCAAGAGAUCUGCUGAAUCUCAUGAUCACAAUGGGAGAUGCACGCCAUAUGUGUCUAAGUUCCUUGCCAAAGAAAUUGAAAAAGCUUCUGAAUGCCAGAUAAGAAGGAGCACAAACGACAGUUACGAAGCUACACUUAGUGGAGUUUCUCAUCGGGUAAGCUUGACUGAGAGGACUUGCACUUGUCAGAAAUGGCAAAUCUGUGGCAUUCCUUGUGAGCAUGCUUAUGGAGUCAUGAUUGAUAGGAAGUUUGAGGUUGAAGACUAUGUGUGUUUCUGGUUUCGGACACCUAUGUGGAGGAGGAACUACACAGAAGGCCUUGUUCCACAAAGAGGACCUGCUUAUUGGCCAUCUACCAACCUCCCUAAUGUGCAUAGACCACCAUCACCACCGCAGCCUGGGAGGAAGAAAGGAAAGGAAAGUAAGAAGGACAAAAAGAGGAAGAAAGGACCAAAUGAGUCUCCUUCGAAAAAAUCAUCUAAAAAGUUGAAAAGGAUAAUGCAUUGUGGUAUGUGUGGUGAAGCUGGUCACAAUUCUAGGUUUCACUCGAAGAAGAAGUCUACUAAACAGACAUUUGAACCACAGAUUGCUCAAGGCACUCAAGGCACUCAAGUGGAACCAUGGAUGCAUUUUUAG